CUCUGAUUGGUGUAAUACAGUCUGUGCCAUUUUGUUGAGGCAUGACAGUCGGUGACCACAAAUGGCGGACUCGGAACACUUUUACUGAACAGAUAGACGGGCCGAACAUUAAGAAUAGGCUUAGCUACUCUAGCGCGUCCUCUCCUUAGGCUCCGCCCCACCCGGAAGUGCCAUUAUAAACUCAGCAGCACUGUGUUUUCACUUUCGGCAGUGCGUGUAUGCAGAAGUCAACACAAACAACUGAGGGUUCUAACUGAGCUGUAAGUUUAAAGGAGAGGGAUCGAGAAUGGCAGAUACAGAGAAAAGCCAGCUCGAGGAGAUGCUAAUGUGCCCAGUGUGUCAGGACAUCUUCAAAGAUCCUCGGCAGCUGCCCUGUGGACACAGCUUGUGUAUGGGUUGUCUGGAAAAUAUGAUGGAUCACUUCUCAGAUGCUCCCUUCCGUUGUCCAGACUGUAGGACUAAUUUUGGGCAGAUCAUGGGGGUACAGAAGAAUUACGCACUGGCCAAUAUUGCAGAUGACUUCAGGGAGAACAGGAGGAGGAGGCAGGCAGAGCAGACAAAAAAUGUGUACUGUGACUUCUGCUCCGAGAGGAAAACCAUGGCCAUCAAGACCUGUCUGAAGUGUGAGGUAUCGCUGUGCAAAGAGCACGUCAGGGAUCACCUUGAACUGCCAGUGUUCACAGGACACCCCAUGGUCAGGCCUUUGGGUGACCUCCUGGAGAGGAAAUGCCCACAGCACAAUGACGAAGUCCUAAGGUACUACUGCAACGCGUCCAGGCGCUAUAUCUGCACUGUCUGUACACUGGAGAGCAAGCAGCACAAUGUGGCCACGGAGGCUUUCACUGUCCUGCGGAGACAGCUGACUGACUUCAUGGACCAGCAUUUCACAAUGAUCAGAGAGCAAAUUACAGAAUCCACUGACUCCGUACGAAAACUACAAGAAGACAUCCAACGUGAAAAACGGAAAGUGAACCCUGCCAACUCGUGCCUUAACAGUGUCACUGUGGUGCUGCUCUGUCUUUGGUUCAUAGUUCUGUAUUAUGCCUACAACUUCUCGGUGGAAAACCAGACGCUGGCAGAAGCGCUGGACAAGCAGCAGAGCCGUGUGCAUCAUAUCUAUUCCACCAUCGCAGAACUAUUGGUUGAUCAUCCAAUGAUGAGCCACAAACCUCCAGAAACAGAAGAUAAAGGCUUUCUCAUGCUGGACCUGGACACUGCCAGUCCUUUCCUUGGAGUCUCAGCUGACCUUCAAUCAGUAGAGCGAGUGAAAGCCAAGCUGGACUACCCCAGCAGUACCAACCGCUUUGAUGAGGCUCCACAAGUCCUCUCCGCCCAGUGCUUCUCCUCUGGUACCCACGUUUGGGAGGUGCAGGCUGAGGGAUAUUGGGACAUUGCAGUGUCCUACAAGAGCAUCCAACGUAAGAGCAAAGACAGCAGCGCCUUCGGAAACAAUGCAGAGUCCUGGAGCCUGACACACAAUGGUGAAGGCGAGCUGUUUGCUCGCCACAACAGAAGGAAAACAGCUCUGUCUGGAACCCUGCAGAGCAGCCGAGUUGCAGUGAUAGUUAAUUUUGAGAAAGGCAACAUCACAUUCACUGCUGUGGAGUCCACCAUCACACAGCUGCACGAAUUCAGGGCUGAACUGACUCAGCCAGUGUGUCUGGGUUUGGGACUUUACCACAUGGAUCCACCCAGUAGGGCCUCUAUUGUCAGAGCCUCGUGAAUAAUCCUGCAGACUGUCCCUUUAUUGAGCAAAAUACUAGACCCAGACUGCCCUAAGUCCAGUGGCUGGCUCUGAAAGUGUAGGGGUGUCGGUUUGGUUUCUGAGCAGUCCUGACUACACCACAGCAACAACAAGGAACAUUUGCCUCAGGUAUAUUUUUAUAUUGUAUAGUGAUUUGUGGUAUGUACAGUGUGUUUAACAGUUAAAUCUUUAUUUCAGUCUGAAUCCAACACCAGCAUACACAGUAUAUCAGACUAAGGUUGUGACUGUACUAUGAGACUAAAUCUGAGUUUACUACAUACUAUUACUCAGUGCUGAGGCCCUUUUAAUGAAGGAUGAUAAUCAGUCUUACCUAGUGCUGGCAUCAAUCAAAUUACUUCAGUACCGGAGUACUGAAAAAUGCUUCUCUACAUUUGUAUGGAUGUUAACGUUAACAGAACUUAAGGCUGUGGUAAAUAGGUUUACUUUUUAUUUAAUGAAACUGCUUUGACUGCACAAAAAUGCCAAAGAAUUGAAAAA